AUGAACAAACAUGUGUUUGGGUCGGAUCAGUUAGCUGGGUUCGACGACCUAUUACUCAAGGACAAAUUGAAAGUUGCACGGUCAAUGGGCUGGCCAACCUCGGGUAGUGUCGCAAGUGUUGGUCAGAUUCAUGCAGAAAGAACUUCCAUUACUAAAUAUGGUCAACGCUCUGGAUGGGGUUCCGCAGAAGAUGCCCUACCGAACUCAGGAUGGUCAUCGGGGAGACAAAUAGGCGCCCAAGCUGCCGAGAGCGAUACCGAUGAUGUCGGUGGAUUUUCUCCAUCUGAUCCUCCUAGUUCCUCGUCGGUAUCGCAAACACCGCGUUUCGAGCCAAUAAUUUCUUUUCCAGCUGGUCCUCUUCCAUCCCUUGAUUUUAGAUCUACGAAUCGAGCCCCGCAUUCAGUUUCAAUCAUUGAUUCUAAUAAAGACCUGUCCAACAAAAUUUCUUCUUACAAAGAGGACCCAACGAGCAUUAUUGGCCAAAAAUUCUUGUUCAAAGAUGGCAAUAGGACGUGGGAGGCUUCAGCUAUUCUAUUUGAUAAGAAAGGCUGGGGCCCCGUGACGGUCGAAGGAAAAGAAGAAAAGCAUGUUUUUGACUUGGAGGUUUUGUUGAGUAUGCUGAAGCACGGAGUAUUGGACCAACUAUGA